CAGUCCUCUGUGGGCGACAACCUCAACAAGCUCUUGUUUUUUUAUUUUUUCCUCUCUCUCUCUCUCUCUACAAAAACAAAGACUCUUCUUAACUGCAAAAUGAAUCCAUCAUCAUCAUCAUCACCUUCUUCUUCUUCUUCUUCUCACUCUCUUUCUCUCUCUCUUCACUCACUCUCACACACACCAAACCAUGGCUUCCUCUUCCUCUCUCUCUCUUUCUCUCUCCCAAGCCCUCCUCGCUCGACCCACCUCUCUCCCCUCCUCCAACCGCCACUGCCUCCCCGCUUUUUCCGGCCUCCGUUCAACCUCCUCCGACCGCAUCUCCCUCUCCCUUCCCCGCGCCGCCGCCUCUCUCCGCCGCAGCACCGCCGUGAGAUCCGCCGCCGUCGAGACCCUGGAGAAAACCACCGCCGACCUGGUGGAGAAGUCGGUGAACACGAUCCGAUUUUUAGCCAUUGACGCGGUGGAGAAGGCGAAUUCGGGUCACCCGGGUCUACCCAUGGGUUGUGCCCCGAUGGGUCACGUGCUCUACGACGAGGUGAUGAGGUAUAACCCGAAGAACCCUCAAUGGUUCAACCGUGAUCGCUUCGUGUUGUCUGCGGGUCACGGGUGCAUGCUUCAAUACGCUUUGCUUCACCUUGCUGGCUACGAUAGCGUGAAGGAAGAAGAUUUGAAGGAAUUCCGUCAAUGGGAAAGCAGAACCCCGGGACACCCUGAGAACUUUGAGACUCUUGGAGUUGAAGUCACAACAGGUCCUCUUGGUCAGGGCAUUGCCAAUGCUGUUGGUUUGGCCCUUGCAGAGAAGCACUUGGCUGCAAGAUUUAACAAGCCUGACAAUGAGAUUGUUGAUCAUUACACGUAUGCUAUACUGGGUGAUGGUUGUCAAAUGGAGGGAAUUGCGAAUGAAGCAUGCUCACUUGCUGGCCACUGGGGACUGGGGAAGCUAAUUGCAUUUUAUGAUGACAAUCACAUUUCUAUUGAUGGUGACACGGAGAUUGCAUUCACUGAGAGUGUUGAUAGUCGUUUCGAGGGACUUGGGUGGCAUGUUAUUUGGGUAACGAAUGGAAACACUGGCUAUGAUGAUAUUCGUGCUGCCAUUAAGGAAGCAAAAGCUGUCAAAGACAAACCCACACUGAUCAAGGUCACAACAACCAUUGGUUAUGGUUCUCCUAACAAGGCUAACUCCUACAGUGUGCAUGGAAGUGCACUGGGUGCCAAAGAAGUUGAUGCCACAAGAAAGAACCUUGGAUGGCCACAUGAGCCUUUUCAUGUGCCUGAGGAUGUCAAAAAGCAUUGGAGUCGCCACAUCCCUAAGGGUGCUGCACUUGAAGCUGAGUGGAAUACUAAGUUUGCUGAAUAUGAAAAGAAAUACAAGGAGGAAGCAGCAGAAUUGAAGUCUAUUAUCAAUGGUGAAUUUCCUGCUGGUUGGGAGAAAGCACUUCCGACAUACACUCCAGAGAGCCCAGCUGAUGCCACCAGAAAUCUGUCUCAGCAAAACCUUAAUGCCCUUGCAAAGGUUCUUCCCGGUCUGCUUGGUGGUAGUGCAGAUCUUGCUUCUUCAAACAUGACCUUGCUGAAAAUGUUUGGGAACUUCCAAAAGGAUACUCCAUCAGAGCGUAAUGUUAGAUUUGGUGUCAGGGAACAUGGAAUGGGAGCAAUCUGCAAUGGAAUUGCUCUUCACAGCCCAGGACUGAUUCCUUAUUGCGCAACUUUCUUUGUUUUCACUGACUACAUGAGAGGUGCCAUAAGGCUUUCGGCCCUGUCUCAGGCUGGGGUUAUUUAUGUUAUGACCCAUGAUUCAAUAGGACUUGGAGAGGAUGGGCCAACCCACCAGCCUAUAGAGCACCUGGCAAGCUUUCGCGCAAUGCCGAAUAUUUUGAUGCUUCGUCCAGCUGAUGGUAAUGAAACAGCUGGAGCAUACAAGGUUGCUGUGCUUAACAGGAAGAGACCCUCUAUCCUUGCCCUUUCAAGGCAAAAAUUGCCUCAGCUUCCUGGAACUUCUGUUGCAGGAGUUGAAAAGGGUGGUUACACCAUUUCAGACAACUCAACAGGAAACAAGCCUGAUGUGAUUUUGAUUGGAACUGGUUCUGAAUUGGAAAUUGCUGCCAAAGCUGGUGAUGAUCUGAGAAAGGAAGGGAAGGCUGUUAGAGUUGUUUCCUUUGUGUCAUGGGAACUUUUUGAUGAGCAAUCAGAAGCCUAUAAGGAGAGUGUUCUACCAUCUGCUGUUUCAGCCAGAGUUAGCAUUGAGGCAGGAACAACUUUUGGAUGGGAGAAAAUUAUUGGAAGCAAAGGAAGAGCAAUAGGUAUUGAUCGUUUUGGAGCCAGUGCUCCUGCUGGAAAAAUAUACAAAGAGUUUGGUAUCACUAAGGAAGCUGUUAUUGCUGCAGCAAAAGAGCUUAUUUAAAUGUAUUAGUUUCUGCUCAUUUUGAAUUUCUGAGUUUUUUCUUCUUCUGGUUUUGGAUUGAUAUUUACAUAUUGAAUAAGAAAAAGUUAGAUUACCGUUGCUUGGGAUUCUAAGUGAAGCAACAUAGGUCAAAGAAGAGUGUAACUAAUAAAUUUUUAUGAACUUGUUAUAACUUUUCGACAAUUGAGUUUUGCAUGGUUAAAUUCAAUGAUGUUCAUGAUCGUUCAUCUAGUCCUCAAGUAUGCUAGUGUAUUUUCUUUUCCCUGUAGGAGGGAGUGUACAAUUUACAAAUACA